CCAAUGACAACAAAAGAUAAAUGAGUUUCAUGUAGUUACACGUCUACUGGUUUAUUGGAUAUGCAGUACACGUCUACUGGUUUACAUGUAGUUACACGUCUAGCAGAAAUAUAUACACGUUGUAGAAUCUACGAACGGUCUCCGAAGGUCACAUACUCACAUACCUUUCUAAGCAAUACAACACGGCAGAAGUUUCAGUGGCAGUUGGAAUUCCUGCUCACAGACGCAGCAAUCGUGACAAACACAGGAUAAAUCCUCACUGGAGAUCAUAGCAAUAGGUGAUCCUUUUUCUAUAGCCACGGCCUUCUCUUCAUCUGCCUUCCUCGCCAUUACACUCCAUGGACUUGCCAAAACUUCUCUUCACAGUACUCAUACUCUCUCUUCUCAACUACGAAUCCUCUUCCGCCACAGCAUGGGAUGAUGAAGAUUUCUUCAAGACUUGCUCAUCACACAGGUGCAGCAAGCAUGGACCAGAGAUCAGGUUCCCUUUCCGGCUCUCGACACAACCUCCAUCAUGCGGCGCACCCGGCAUGCACUUGUCAUGCUCUGGACAGGACACCAUCCUCAAUCACCCAGUUCUUGGUCCCUGCAAAGUAACCGAGAUAAGUUACAGUUAUGCUACCAUGAACGUCAUCCCACCUGUAGAUUCCUCACCUCACUGCCCACUUCAGAAGCUCAUGUCGAAAAACCAAUCAACUUCUGUGUACAAACCUCAAGGUCCUCAAUCGCAGGGAGCUACCCUUGUAGUUUGUUCAAGAGAUCCCAUACCUGCAAAUCAAUACGACAUAGUUGGCCCAAUAUCUUGCCUCGGCCAUAAUAACCAGUUCUGGUAUUUGGCAGAUCCCUAUACAUACAUGUCUGUUCUUCCCUUGGACUGCACAGUUAUUUCUAAAGGCAUCCCAAUGCCCUAUAGUUAUGAUAAAAAAGGGAGAAUAAACUGGGACACCUCAAACUUCAAGGAAACAGCAAAUAGAGUCAUCAACGAUGGUGAGACAGUAUUCAUGUGGUACUCUAGUAACAUUACUAGUAUUUGCCAACGAUGUGAAUAUGAAGGCCGACCCUGUGGUUUCAGUUCACAAAGUGGUCAAGCAUUCUGUCGGCGUCAUGGACCGCGGGUCACUCUUGUUGCAGCUACAUCAUCUGUAGCCACAUUUGUAAUUCUUUCAUUAGUUGUGGCCACUGCAUUCUACAUCUCCUUAAAGUCAAGGUACAACAAAGAGAUACAUUUGAAAGUUGAAAUGUUUCUCAAGACAUAUGGCACAUCCAAGCCCAUGAGGUACACUUUCUCCGAUGUUAAGAAAAUAACAAGACGGUUCAAGAAUAAAUUAGGCCAUGGUGGAUUUGGAAGUGUCUACAAAGGUGAGCUACCAAAUGGAGUUCCUGUGGCAGUCAAGAUGCUAGAGAACUCCUUAGGAGAGGGAGAAGAGUUCAUCAAUGAAGUUGCGACCAUUGGGAGAAUUCACCAUGCAAACAUCGUCCGUCUCCUAGGAUUUUGCUCUGAAGGAACACGACGGGCUUUAAUAUAUGAAUUCAUGCCCAAUGAAUCGUUGGAGAAAUAUAUAUUCUCAAAUGGUUCUAAUAUUUCAAGAGAAUUCCUAGUACCAAAGAAAAUGCUAGAUAUUGCUUUAGGCAUCGCCCGAGGAAUGGAGUACUUGCACCAAGGGUGCAAUCAGCGCAUUCUCCAUUUUGACAUCAAGCCUCACAACAUAUUGUUGGACUACAGCUUCAGUCCAAAGAUCUCAGACUUUGGGCUUGCAAAGUUGUGCGCAAGAGAUCAAAGCAUUGUCACAUUAACUGCAGCAAGGGGCACGAUGGGUUAUAUUGCACCAGAACUAUAUUCUCGGAGUUUUGGAGCAAUAUCAUACAAGUCGGAUGUCUACAGUUUCGGCAUGCUGGUGUUAGAAAUGGUGAGUGGGAGGAGGAACACAGACCCAACCGUUGAGAACCAAAAUGAGUUCUACUUUCCUGAGUGGAUAUAUGAGAGAGUAAUCAAUGGGCAGGAACUGGUGCUUAACAUGGAGACAACACAAGGGGAGAAAGAAACGGUUAGACAGCUAGCCAUUGUAGCGUUAUGGUGCAUUCAGUGGAACCCAACAAACCGGCCCUCGAUGACAAAGGUAGUAAACAUGUUAACGGGGAGGUUGCAGAAACUACAGGUGCCGCCUAAGCCCUUCAUUUCGUCUGAAAAUCAUCUUGCGACUUAGAUCAUGGAAACACAAUUCCAUGGUUUAGAGAUAUGUUUGAUCGAUCCGUAGCUUGUAUGUAUGGUGUAAGAUUAUUCAACUAUAUUGUGCUAUCAGACAUAUGGUAUAUGUAUUCAUGCAAUUCUAAUAUCCCGUGGAUUUGAUUUGCAGUGUGAUAGUUAAAAGAUGAUAACUUGAUUA